CGUCGACCAGGAAAUUGACAUGGGGCAAUGUGUUGUGUACGAAUUCCCCAUGCAAUCCGCGGGAUCUUCGAACCGCAACGAAACAACCCCUGGGAAGAAAUCCUGGUCACCAUAAAUACAGAAGUAACUCAGAAAAUCAAGCCAUUUCAAUUCUGAAUCAUAAAAGUGGUGGUGCUCGCAAAUAUCCAACAGGUGACUGUUGCAACAGGAUGAGGAAAAUUCUCUUAUCUCUGGCUUUGCUUACAACAGUGACUUCAGAGGAUUUUGACACGAAAAAGCAUCGUCCCUUAUUGUCAGAAGGCGAGCCUCAAUUCUGGUUCGCGAGAGGCAGUCACUUCCCAUGGGAUUUUACCCAUUUUGAGUUUGACCAAUCCUCGAAAGAUAAGGAUGUAAGACGUCUUCAAGACACAGAAUCAUCACUCAACAAAAUUUCUACCCACGAUCUCAACAGAUUUGGAUUUAACAAUCCUAAUUCUCAAAACGCUCAAGAAGAUCGAUUGGAUAAUCAUCAAAGAAUCGAUGGUAUUUACAAUAAAAAGAAAGCAAAUUUUCUCACAUUACCAACUAGAGAUUCAAUUUUAACAAAUUCACCAUUAAAUCAAGAAACAAUUGAUUGUACAUUAAAAAAAUGUUCUCCACAAUUUCAAAGUUGGCGAUUAAUUGAACCACUCUAUGUUGAGGAACCAAAGUUUGUUCAAAUAAAUUCCGGCGAAUUUGACACAAAACUUGGAGAAUAUGAACCAUUUUUUGUAACUCGAGGUAAAAGAUCAAUGAAAUUAAAAAUAUUAACCCCUAAAAAUAAUAAUGAUUUCACUAUCGAAAAUAAAUUAAAAUCCCAAAAACGUGACACUAUUCAAGAAAAUAAUAACAAAAUUGUCGAUGAAAAAAGUGAGAAAAAGAAAAAUAUAAAAAUUAUACAAAAACGAAGUGAAAACAAUGAUAAUGAUAAUGAAAAAUUAUUAACAAAUCUUGAGAAAAGUUUAAAUAUUAAAGGUGGUACAGGAAAAAGUUUCAGUUAUUUACAUCCACGUAAUAAACAUUCAGAUAUUUUAGAAAUUCUCGACGAUCCAUUUUUUAUUUCCCGAGGAAAAAAGAAUAAUAAUAACAACAACUAUUAUUAUUAUCAUCAUCCAAUUAAUGAUUAUUCAAUGAAAGAUUAUUUAUGGGAUCAAUAUCUUAAUCAGCAUUUGGAUAAAUUUUUAUCCGAUUUCAAAACAGAAGAUAAAAUAUUACCGGAAAUUGAUUUAACUGCGAAACAACAAAUUUUGGAAAAAAUUUUCAACAAUGAUAUUCGUAAGAAGAGAAUUAAUAAUGAAAAUAGAAAACUUUAUGAAUCAAAUACAAAAAGAAAUAUUUUGGAUGAAAUUAAAUUGGAUUUAGAUCCUUUUUAUAUUGCAAGAGGUUGAAAUUAUUUAAUUAUAUAUUAAAUCAAAAAUGAAAUUGUAAAAUGUAAAUUUAACAGUGCGUUGCUUAAAAAAUAAUAAAAUAUG